UUUAAGCGUCGGCAUCUGUAUUUCGAAAGAAACUUUGUUGAAACGUAAGACAUUAUCAUAUCUAAGAUUUUCUUUUUUGGAUUAUCGGAUGCACGACGCAUCACCAUGGCAACAGAAAAUGAAAAACUCGUUUGCGCAAUAUUGGAAGUAGAACCUAACUCAACCAAGACCGUGGUGAAGGACCACCACUAAGUAAUCAAGGACAGACAAGAAUGGAUCGACUAAUUUCAUCACCGGCGGGAGUUUUGCGCGUGUCGCGCAUAAGCUCGUCCGUGUCAUUGAGAAUAUGCGCGAGUUUCCCGUAGUAGCGAAUCGUUUCCCGAUGCAGCGAUAUUGUCAAAUCGCUAUUUCUUCAAAAUCUUCACUAAGGAAUAUCAUAGAUUGGUCUCGCAACAGUUUUUUCAAGUAGAUAUAUACGCCUUUUUCACGUAUAUGAUACGCUAACUGUUAUCAGUACGUGACAUAAAAACAUGUAAAAGAGAGGACAGUAGAUUUACAUUCUUCGUUAUCUGAAAACUGAUUAUAUAAAAAAAAAUGCGAAUCAUUUUAGUAAAAUUCCGUGAAGUAUCUCAAAAAUAUCCUAUUGUAAGGGGUAUGGCAUCUUAUACUAUUAUUUGGCCAACUGCAAGCUUAUUUCAGCAAAAAAUAACAGGUAGACCAGAAUUGAAUUAUACAGAAGCAUUAAGAUUUAGUUUGUAUGGUGGCUUUUUUGUAGCACCAACUUUAUAUUGUUGGUUAAGAUGCGCUUCACAUUUUUGGCCAAAAUCUGAUUUUAAAUCUGCAAUCACAAAAGCAUUGGUAGAACAAGUUACAUAUAGUCCAACUGCUAUGUGUUGUUUUUUCUUUGGAAUGAAUUUACUAGAACAAAAAUCUAUUUCAGAAUGUGCUGAAGAAGUAAAACAGAAAUUCUGGCCAACUUAUAAGGUCGGAGUAUGCAUAUGGCCUAUUCUACAAACUAUUAACUUCGUGUUAAUUCCAGAGCAUAAUCGUGUAGUUUAUGUAAGUGUUUGCAGUUUCAUCUGGACAUCUUUUCUUGCGUAUAUGAAAGCACUUGAAGCUAAGCGAGAACAACAAGGAAUGGCAAACGAUGGUACAAAUGAAAAGGAAUUUUUAGAAAAUACACAGAAUGCAAAAUCUAUGAUUCGAUCAGUUGAAAAAAGUAGAUCGAGUUCUUUAUGAUGUAGAUUUUGUAGUAAAUUUUACAAUAUUAGCUUAAUUUAUUUGUAUAAAUUUUAAUUUCCAUAUACUUAUAUAAAAAAUUCCUGUUUAUAUUUUAUUAAUAUGAGCACAUGAUAUUUAUGGAAAAACAAAUGGAAAAAUUAUUAUGAAAGUAGAGUUUUGAACUCAAGAUUCCAUUAUAUAUUUAUACAAAUGUAUAGGAUAAUAUCAUAUUAUCGUGGUAAUCCAAAACUAGUCACUUUAAUAAAUGUUAGCGUUUAUGGGAAA